AAUAGCAAUAGAUUUCCUUCUAAGGAAACAAUAUUUAUCGGUAUCGAAUUAUCGUUUUAGCAGACGAUUUGUUUACAUUUUAUAAAUAAAUGUCCGAAAGCUCCCUUUCUGUUGUUUACCUUCAUAAGAAUAAAGAAUAUAUCCAAGAAUGUGCUGACUUAUUAAAUAAGCAGUGGGAAAGAAGCUCUUCUGCCAGAACUCAAUCGUUAGAAAAUACUUCAAGUGAACUGCCAGAUUCUGUGAUUCUAAUUGAAGAAAUAAAUGGUGUUAAAUGUGUGAUUGGGCACAGUCGUUUGACAAGGGUUUUAGAAGAUAAUAAGGGAUGCUGGAUAGGAUCAGUUGUGAUUGCUAAGGAAAAACAAAGAAAAGGAUAUGGAAAAUAUUUAAUGAAGAAAUCUGAAGAAUAUGCCAAAAACUUGAAUUUUACCACUGUGUAUUUAAACACUCAAGAUCAGCAAGGGUUUUAUGAACAUCUAGGUUACCAGUAUUCUGAAGCAGUAUCAUCUAUUAGUUUUAAACCAAAUGGAUUACUGAUGAGAGGAUUGUUUGAUUCCAUAAAACAUCAACAACCACUUUUAAAUGAAAAGAAUUGUGAAGAAUCAUGUAAAAAAAUUACUAAGGAAAUAAUGCUAUCAGAAUGCAAUGAACAGCAAAACUGUUUUGCACCACCUCCUCCACCUCCUUUACCCAUUUCGAAAGUAAAUAAUAAAGCAAACAUAAAAAGUAACUUAGGGCAUUAUUGGAUGAAAAAGUCAUUAUAAAAAUUAAUGGUUUUCUUCUUCUGAAAUAGUAUUAUAAAACAAAAUUAUUACUUUAUUUAUUCAUAUAAUUAAGUAUGAAAUGAAUUAUACUAAUGUAUUAGCUACUAGUUAUUUAUAAAAUUGAUUUCUAGGAAUAAGAAAUUCAAAAAAGGAAAUCUUAUGUAUGUUUGAUAAAUUGAAAAUAUUAUCAAACAUACAUAAGAUUUAAUUUUUUUUUUAAAGUUUUUAAAAUCAUCAAAAAGAGUUAAGAAGGACAUUUGUUAAUUAACUUAACUGCAUCAAUUUUUAAAUCAUAUUGCAAGUUAAAGUCAUACAUUUAUGUUUGUAACACAGAUAAUAGGCAUCUUGGAGUUUAUUCACUAUAAAAAGUGAUAGGAAAAAAUCUCGUAAAAAAUUUAUUCCUCAAAUCAUUAUUAUUAUUAUUUUGAAGGAAAAUAAUUGCAAAUUGUCACAAAAGUAUAUUUAAUCACAAAAAUAGUUAAAAACUUACUGUAAAUAUUAAUACUUAUAUAAUAAUUCAAAUAUUAAUACUUAAAUAACAGAAAAUCAUGUAAAGUAUAAUCAAGUUCAGUACAGAACCCGUUAUCCGGAAAUCAGAGAACCAAAAAACCGGAACGAAAUUCAAUUAAUUUUCCCGUCAUUUUUUGAAAGAAAAAAAAAAUUUUUUUCCUCUAAGAUUUUAGGAUUUUUCUUUCUCUUUUGAAAGAUUUUUACCUUACCAUCAUUUUGGAAAUAAUCAUUAGUGUAUUACUUCAUCAUUUUUUCUUCUUUUUAAGAUUAUAUCCAAUUUUAUUUUUUUUUUAGUUGGGUUUAACAAUAAAAAAACCGGCUUUUUGUAGCGAUUCAGAAAACCGGAAAAAUCAAUUAUCCGGAAUAGUGAUAGUCCCGAUCGUUCUGGAUAAUCGGUUCCCUACUGUAUUUUCAACUACUUUCUCAUUUUACAUUAUAAAUGUUUAUUAAAAUAAUAUUAGUGUGAAUUUUGUACCUGGAAUCAACAAGAUAUUUUAUCUAUUUUUAUUGAUCUGACGCAUUAUUGAUAUCACUUAUAAAUGAUAUGCUUAGGUAUUUUAUAAAUGCUUUUCUGUUAAUUUUAGUUUUUCUGUUAAUUUUUAAGUUAGCUAAAAAUUAUUUUUACCUAAAACAAACAGUAAUUUUAAUUGCUAGACAGGUAACCUUAUAUUUGAUAAUUGUUUAAUGUAAUAUGAGAAUUUGAUGAAAUAACAAAUGCCAUGAAGAUUUUUGAAAUAUUUGUUUUUCCAAACUGAUUUUAUUGAUGUUGUUUUUUAUUUUAUUGUUUUUACAUUGUAACAGUUUUCUAUUUGAACUUUGAAAGUCAUAGUUUUACUUAUUAUUUAAAAAUGUAUAUUUACAAAAGGUUUGUUGAUAAAAGUUAGAAAAUGUCCAAAAUGAAAUUUUUUUUAUGAAAAAAAGCAAUAAAUUUACAUGAAAAAUGAAUUAAAUAGUUUAAUAAAAUAAAUAUAGUUCCAUUCCUAUUUAAAGUAAUACUUAAAUCUUAUUUACACACAAAUUUCUCUCUAUUUCCCUCAUUUCUUUUACUAAAGCUUCUAGUUCAUAAAGAUGAUCAUCAUAAACAUUAGGUAAAAGUUUUUUCAUUGUUUCUGCUAAUUGGAAAAGAUAUUCAUCAUUCCUACCACUUGGACCUUCAGAUUUAGAGAUUUGCUUUGCAAUAACAUUUAAAGGAGCUGGACCCAAAUAGAAAGGAUUAUUAGUAUCACCAAUAUAUAUUGAUAAAUUAAAGGGCUUCAAAUCUUCAUCACAUGGAUAAAAAGUAACUGUUUUCUGCUGAUAUCCAUCCUUUUCUCUAUAAUCUAAAUAAUCUUUUACAAAGGAGAUGUCUUUCUCAGCAAUUUUGUAAGCAAUUCCAUACACUUGAUCCUGAAUUUAAAAAGAAAGAAA